CUGACUAACUGGCUGACUGACGGACCCGGCCGGCGUAUCACAGGCACGGAGGGAGGCCGGGAGCUGCCCCCGGAGCGGGACACAGGGAGAGCAGGAGGGAGGCGCGGGGGACAUCCAGCACCAUGAUCAAACUCUUCUCCCUCAAACAGCAGAAGAAAGAGGAGGAAUCGGCCGGAGGCACCAAGGGGAGCAGCAAGAAGGUCUCAGCAGCACAGCUCCGCAUCCAGAAAGACAUUAAUGAGUUGAAUUUGCCGAAAACAUGUGAUAUAGAAUUUUCAGACCAUGACGACCUUUUAAAUUUCAAACUAGUCAUCUGCCCUGAUGAGGGUUUCUACAAAGGUGGAAAGUUUGUCUUCAGUUUUAAGGUGGGACAGGGUUACCCUCAUGACCCACCAAAGGUGAAAUGCGAGACCAUGGUAUAUCAUCCAAAUAUGGAUCUAGAGGGUAAUGUCUGCCUAAAUAUUCUAAGGGAGGACUGGAAGCCUGUUCUCACAAUAAACUCUAUAAUUUAUGGCCUGCAGUACCUUUUCUUGGAGCCAAAUCCCGAAGAUCCGUUAAAUAAGGAAGCUGCUGAAGUUCUACAGAACAACAGACGCCUGUUUGAACAGAAUGUGCAGCGGUCUAUGCGAGGUGGUUACAUUGGAUCCACCUACUUUGAGCGCUGCCUGAAAUAGAACUGAGCAGCUUUGAGUGCAAAACCCGCCAUCCAUCCGACCUACCUUUCUGCCCUCAUCCUCUGUCAUGUCCCUUCUUCAUGCUCAUUCAUCACACCUACAUACAACAGAACCCUUAUUGCGGCUCUCUUCUCCCAAACAGUACAGCCUGAGCUUCUGAUGUGGAAAGAAUGAUGUAAGGUCCUGUGUUUCCCAGUCAUGCUGCUAGCCCUUAUUUUAAGGGCACACUGCGUGCAGAUAUUACAAUGCCUGCCAUGCCGCCAUUUUACAUCAUUACCUCACCUUGCUCUUCUUAUCUCCUAUGGAGCAUUUGCUUAUCUUUAGGUUAAUAAAUAUUAUCCCUCUUCCUUCCCAUUUUCUUUUUUUGUUUAAAUAUUUUUUUUUUUUAUUAUUUUUUUUUUUAUACCAGUCUGAAAAUCCCUAUUUCCUGCUCUUGACUAAAUUGGUCAAAAGCUGAGAGGAAAACCACUUUUUUUUAUUUUUAAUUCUUACAUAGCUGGAUUGUCUGCAGUGUUGGAACUAUACUGUACACUUCAGUUUGCUCUGGGCCUUUCCCCUGGAUUAUCCUACCACGAUCUAUGUUUGCCGGGCAUAUUUUAUUUUGUGGCCUUAAGCUUUGAACAUUUAUUGAUCAGGGAUCUUUCUUUUUACCGCUUGUACCAUUUGUGUCUCAUUUCUUUUAAGGGCACCUGUCAUGCCCCAAACAACUUAUGCUGAUUGGAAUGAGCGUACAAUUUUAUCUAUACAUUGUGCUUGCAGUUCUGCUUGCAAAUGUAUAGAUGAGGAGAUAAAUAUAUUUAAAAAAAAAUAAAUUUUUCUCCCAGCUGUUGGUCAAUGCCAAGGCAUUGACUGACCAGGGAGAGCAGACAAGACCUCCCACAAGAGGCCCCUCUGCUCUCCUCCCAAAGCAACCACAGCACAUGUGCUGCAAUUGCUACAGAAACCCGUCACUCCGUUCCGACGCCAACACGCUGGCUUCAAAGCAAGCGUACCAACGUCACUGAUGAGAUUUUUCCUGCUUGGGGAUGAGUCCCAAGCAGGGCAAAUCAAAGAAGAGACCAGGAGGAGGUGGAGCGGAGGACGGCCAGGAGAUAGGUGUUACACAAAGAGUAACACCCAUAAAGAGGCGCUGGAAUGGAGGAAAAGUGAGCAAGUAAAUCAUCAUUCACAUUGAAUACACAUGCGUCUUUAUGAUAUAUGGUGUAUUCAAUGUAAAAUGAGAGCGAUUUAAGGUAAAUUGCUUUUCUCUUAACAUGUUUACUUCAAUACCUAAAGGAAAGCAACGUAAAAACAAUAA